CCCUUAGUGCAGCGUACGUAAUUCGCAAUAUAGGUUCAUCGGUUCAUCGGUAGUGGCAGAACCAGACAACCAUGCCGCAGAACGAGCAUAUUGAGCUUCACCGAAAGCGCUAUGGCAGACGUCUUGAUUAUGAGGAGCGAAAGCGCAAGAAGCAGGCGCGCGAGGUGCACAAGCGCUCCGAGUAUGCGCAGAAGGCUCUGGGUAUUAAGGGCAAGAUGUUUGCCAAGAAGCGCCAUGCUGAGAAGGCCAUGAUGAAGAAGACAAUUGCCAUGCAUGAGGAGCGGGAUAACAAGCACAAGGCUGUGGACGGCGCGCCGCAGAAUGCUGUUCCAGCGUAUCUGCUGGAGCGUGAGCAGGUGGACCGCGCCAAGGUCCUUAGUAACACCAUCAAGCAGAAACGGAAGGAGAAGGCGGGCAAGUGGGAGGUACCGCUUCCGCAGGUUCGACCAAUUGCAGAGGACGAAAUGUUCAAGGUGCUCAAAUCCGGCAAGCGCAUGAAGAAGUCCUGGAAGCGCAUGAUCACCAAGGUGACAUUCGUGGGCCAGGGCUUCACCCGAAAGCCCCCCAAGUACGAGCGCUUCAUCCGACCGACCGGCCUGCGCAUGAACAAGGCGCACGUCACUCAUCCGGAACUCAAGGCGACCUUUUGCCUGGAUAUUAUCGGCGUGAAGAAGAAUCCAAACGGCCAGAUGUACUCGCAGUUGGGUGUUGUCACGAAGGGCACGAUCAUCGAGGUGAACGUCAGCGAACUGGGUUUGGUCACGCCCGGCGGCAAAGUGGUGUGGGGCAAGUACGCGCAGGUCACGAACAACCCCGAGAACGACGGCUGCAUCAACGCGGUCCUCCUUGUAUAAUUAUACUCUACACGUUAACCGUUCGGGAACGGUUGGUAGGCAUAGCUACCGGGAAUAAUAUUGGGAACGUGUUGGCUGGCGAGGUGUGAAGCCUUCAUGUGCGAUGACUUGGGAGUUCCAGGAGCGUUGACGUGAGGUUGCGACAUGCCGUUUACGCGGAACAUCUUGGCUAGUGUAGAGGGUAGUGGUGAGGGCGUUUUACGGGUGCCUCGCUGUCUUUGGGAGUCGAUGCUGGCAACCCAACUGCAUGUUCGUCAUCUCGGGACUUGUCGUGUACAUAUUGCUACCUGCAUCGCGUUGGAACUGUUUGACCGUGUGCUUGACCUGGCUUGAGAGUGGACAUUGUGGAUCCCGAAGCGAUCCCGAAAGAUUUGGGGGCCUGGGGACCUGCACAACGGGACGUCUGUGAACGACUAGCCGCUGACGUUAGGGCGCUUCGGCGCCAGCUUCGUAACUGAAACUCAACCCGUGCACUUCAUCGUUUGGCCUUUGGACGCACACUUGCUGACCAGCUUGAUUCAUGAUUUCACCCUUGGAAAAGGUAUUUUCAACGGCUCUGCGCUGCUUGCCGGAUGAUGCUAUUACGGAUUUAGACGGGACGCUGUAGAGAGAGGCUUCGUCCUCCCCUGUCCCGUGUGCACCGUCGCUUGUAAACUACUAAGGAUACAUUAUGGCGUGUGGUGCAUAAUGAAGGCAUACUGUAAAAAUUCAUUAUGGAU